UAAAUAUCGGAUACCAAGUAAGAAAAAAGUACUAUUACUAUACAAUUACCAUUUUCCAAAAAAAAAAAAAAAAAGUACUACUACUAUAUAUUUUUGUUUUUGUUUUUCCAUAUAAUAUCUUUGUUAUUGAAAGAGAGGUAUGUAUUACUGCAUGCUUCUUUAAAACCAGAAACAAAAUUUAACAAUUAGCCCUUUUAAGCCUUCCUCUUUCUCUUCUCCAACACUCUGUUCUGUAUCAGCGUCAUCUUUUUUUCUUUCAUAUAACUUUCCAAAAAUAGCCAUUUUUCUGUUAAUAUUUCUUCAUUUAACCAAUACCCAUUUGUUCAAGUUCUCUUCUUUUGGGUCUAUAAAGAGAAAUCUUUAACUUUUAAUCAAGUGGGUGUUUGAGUUUUUCAAUGGGACCUAUAAGGGGAUUAAAGAGAAAGAAGAAGGUAGAAAAAGAUGCUGACGAAUAUACCCCUUUACAUUCUCCUUUAUCUCCACUUUGUCCUUCAGAUUGGUGGGUUGAGUUCUCCAAAAGAAUUUCUGGGACUUCGGUGCAGAAAGGAAAAUCGGUUUCAUUUGAAUCUCUGUUCAAACUUUCAAGGAAGACAUUUAACUACAUUUGUUCGCUUGUGAAGGAAGAGAUGAUGGUUAGACCUACAAACAUAACUGAUCUCAGCGGCAAAUUUUUGUCUCUAGAUGACCGAGUUGCUGUUGCUUUGAGAAGGCUGAGUUCAGGCGAUUCGCUGUCAACUGUCGGCGAAUCUUUCGGGAUACACCAGUCGACCGUCUCUCAGAUAACUUGGCGAUUCGUGGAAGUCAUGGAAAAAAAUGGCGUUCACCAUAUCCACUGGCCUUCUUGUCAAGAAGACAUGAAAGACAUAAAGUCCAAAUUCGCAAAUAUCCGAGGCCUUCCCAAUUGUUGUGGUGCCGUUGACAUCACGCAUAUCAUGUUUUGCCUAUCUACAUCGGAUCCGUCGAGUAAAGUAUGGUCUGAUUUGGAAAAGAAUCACAGUAUGAUUUUGCAAGCGAUUGUGGGCCCCGAUAUGAGAUUUCUAGACAUUUUAGCCGGGUGGCCCGGAAGUCUAAGUGAUUCCGAGGUGCUCACAUGCUCAAGAUUUUUCAAGCUCGUUGAAGAAGGAAAGAGGCUAGGCGGGCAAAAUUUUAAGCUCUCGAAUGAUACGGAUUUAAGAGAAUACAUUGUUGGUGACUCGGGUUUUCCCCUUUUGCCAUGGCUUCUUACUCCUUAUACAGGACGCGGACUUUCUGAUCAUCAAGCUGAUUACAAUAAGCGCCAUUUUGCAACGAGGAAAGUGGCACAGAGGGCUUUGGCAAGGUUAAAAGAUAAAUGGAAGAUCAUCCAAGGAGUAAUGUGGAGGCCCGAUAAGCAAAAGUUACCGAGGAUUAUUCUCGUAUGCUGCCUGCUGCACAAUAUUCUCAUCGAUUUAAACGAUGGAGUUGAAGAUGAAGUGCCGUUGACUCAUCAUCAUGAUCCUGAUUAUGGACAACAAAUUGGCGAUGCUACCGAUAAAUCUGCUUCAAUUCAAAGAGAGAAACUUGCUCUCUAUUUAGCUAACAAGCUGCCAUCUUAAAUAUUAGCAUGUCCUAGGAUAUGCUCAACAAUUCUUUGUAGUUCCAAAAGCUGGCAGAAUUAGUCAGUUUAUGAUCCAUGUAGUUUUUAAGUCAAGAGAAAAGUACCAUCUUAUGAAAAGACACAUACUGUUAACAACUGUGAAUUUUCAUUAUCUUAGUUAUACUGCCCAAGUUAAUAGAUCUUCUCUAGAUACAUGAUAAGACCUCUGAAAAGGAGAAAAGACUAGAUUUGCUCACUACUUCAACAUAUAUGUUGGCCUUUCUUUGUCCUUCUAAAAUGGUGUGUCAUUUGCCACAGUCAAUAAGGUGGGGAAGAUGAUU